AACGACUUUAAACUUCUGCCUCCAUAUUGCCGGCUAAGACGAGAGUUCUUCAAUCUGCCAGCCGCAACAAUUAAUUCCGAUAUACAGGGUAGUCGCAUGGAUCCUUCACAGCAGCCGUUGCCGCUUUCCUUGCUGUGGACCCCGUAGAGCAGGAAGCGAAUCGCCUGAUAAUCUGGAUGAGGCAGCGGCUUGACCAAUGUCAGAGUAGUCGCGAUAUCUGUCAUGCGAGACAGCGGUCCAGGACCUUGUUGUGGCCAGCCGAGAUUGGGUGGAUUGAGUGGUGGGGAAGUCAGUGUUUUGGAACCCGCUACAAGGGGCUUAGCGAGACCAGCAUUGCAUUGUUUAGCGCUCUGCGCUGUUUCAAAACUUCUUUCACGGGCGGCAGCCAGGAUCCGGUUCCUGCAGCGCUUCGCAGUCUGUUCCCGUUCGUAUGCGCCGUAAUGACGUUGGUGUUGCUUUUGUCGAUGCAUUCGGUUGCGUCAAGAAGAUGAAUGUUGGGCAUACAAUGUUUGAAGCCUGCAAUAAAACGACUUUUGUGUGAAUAUUGGUUACAACCUGAGGUGCAGGGCGAGGAGAGU